AUGGACCUUCCCAGCCACAGCCAGAGCGCGCUGGUGCCGCCUCUCCUGCAUGCGGCGGCUGCGCAGCCGCCGUGGCGAGAGCUGGUGGCCCGCCACUGGCCACAGUAUGUGGCCCUGGCCGCCACAGCCGUGCUGGCGAGGUGGCUGCACGGCCUGGAGCCCUUCCGCCGCGCCAUGUAUGGCGGCAGUGACGUGCAGUUCUGGCGGUACAGCUACCCUUACACCGCAGACACCUUACCACGCUGGGUGGUACCGCUGCUGUCCCUUGGCCUGCCAGCCGCCGCCUUCCUGGCAGCCCACCUGGCGGGAACGUCUUCCCGAGUGGAGCUGCACCACAGCCUGCUGAUGCUAGUAGCUGCCGUGACCACGACUUCGGCGCUCAGCAACCUGCUCAAGAACCUGCUGGGUCGCCAUCGCCCCGACUUCAUCGCCCGCUGCUGGCCCACCGGCCUCACGCCGGUGCUGUCCCAUCUGGGCCAGCCGCUGUGCGAGGCCGGCGCCUCGGCUGUGGCGGUGAGCAAGGGCAUGCGCAGCUGCCCCUCAGUGCACGUGGCUUGGACAUCCGCUGGACUGGGCUUCCUCUCUCUGUGGCUGGCGGGCAAGCUGCGCGUGUUUCACAGCGGCGCAGCGCCGAUGUGCUGCACGCUGUGCCUUCUGCCCUUGCUGGUCGUGGCCUGGGUGGGCGUAACCCGUCUUCAAGACUACAGGCACCAUGCAGAGGAUGUGUUGCUGGCCUUUGCGACCGGCCUCUCCCUGGCUCUCUGCUUCUACCGCCAGGCAUUUGCCAGCCCGCUGUCCCGCCGUGCUGGGUGCGUGUCAGAGGAGGCGGCGGCGUCCGGGCGCUCCAGCGGGAGCACCUGCCAGGUGGAGGAAGGGGAGCGGGGCGUGGUGGUCGGCCAGGGGGGCGAGGGCGUGUAG